AUGGCAGAUGCAGUUGAGGGAAUUCCAGAGAGAAAUGAUGACCAAGGGAAGAAUCAGAAAGGGCUUGGCCGAGUAGAUUCCCUUCACUUGGAGGCUGGAAGAGUCUCUAACUUGUCCAUCAAAAGCCACCAAGGAAAGCAAGCAAGUUUGGAAUCAACAUUGGCAUUAGCAUUCCAGUGCAUUGGAGUUGUGUAUGGAGACAUUGGCACAUCUCCACUGUAUGUGUAUUCCAGCACCUUCACAAACGGCAUUAAACACAAAGAUGACUUACUUGGCGUCUUGUCUCUCAUCAUUUACACUAUCACACUUCUAACCUUGAUUAAAUAUGUUUUUAUCGUCCUAUGGGCUAACGACAACGGUGAUGGGGGAACUUUCGCGGUUUAUUCCAAGAUAUGCCGCCAUGUUAAGGUGAGCUUAAUUCCAAAUUAUCAGCAAGAGGAUGCAGAGCUGUCCAACUAUAGCAUAGAAGUCCCUUCCAGGAAUAUGAAGAGAGCUCAGUAUAUAAAAAGGUUGAUGGAGAACAGUCAAGUAGUUCGCGUCUUGCUGUUCCUGUGCGCUAUUGUUGGUACUUCCAUGGUGAUGGGAGAUGGGGUUCUCACUCCAGCAAUCUCAGUGCUUUCUGCAGUGGUUGGAAUCCAAGUACAAGUGCCAUCUCUUAGUCAAAAUACCAUUGUUGGAAUUUCUAUAGCGAUCUUGGUCGUUCUGUUUGUAUUUCAACGAUUCGGAACAGACAAAGUCGGUUUUACAUUUGCCCCUAUGAUCUGUGUAUGGUUUGUUUUCAUUGGUGGCAUCGGUAUCUACAACUUGUUCAAGCAUGAUAUUAGUAUUUUACGCGCUUUCAAUCCAAAGUACAUCAUUGAUUAUUUCAAAAGAAAUGGAAAAGAUGGAUAUACAUCUCUUGGAGGGGUUCUUUUGUGCAUCACAGGAACAGAAGCAAUGUUUGCAGACUUGGGUCACUUCAGUGUCCGCGCCAUUCAAAUUAGUUUCGGCGGAUUUGUUUAUCCAGCAUUAGUAUUGGCUUACAUUGGGCAAGCUGCAUAUCUCACCAAAUACCCCGGAAAUUAUGCUACUGUUUUCUAUGACUCUAUUCCUGGUCCAUUAUACUGGCCACAAUUUGUUGUAGCUGUUAUCGCAUCUGUUAUUGCGAGCCAAGCUAUGAUAUCUGGAGCAUUCUCAAUUAUAGCUCAAUCUCAAAGUCUUGGAUGCUUCCCAAAGGUUAAGGUGAUUCAUACUUCAAAGAAGUAUGAAGGGCAGGUUUACAUCCCUGAGGUGAACUAUGCACUCAUGAUUGGCUGCAUUAUUGUCACAGCUGCCUUCAAGAACACAACAAACAUUGGCAAUGCAUAUGGUAUUUGUGUGGUUACUGUAAUGGUGAUCACAACAUCUUUGGUCAGUCUCAUAAUGCUUGUCAUAUGGAAGAUAAACAUUCUGUGGAUUGGCCUCUUCUUCGUGAUUUACGCUUUAAUAGAGCUAGUAUAUCUAUCCUCUGUGGUAUAUAAGUUCGUACAAGGCGGAUGGCUUCCGUUGGCAUUUGCUGCAUUUCUUGUGACCAUGAUGUGUAUAUGGCACUAUGUCUACAAAGAGAAAUACAUGUUUGAGCUGAAAAACAAGGUCUCUAGUGAUUUUAUGAGAGAUUUGGCCAUCCACCCAAAUAUAAACAGGGUGCCUGGAAUUGGACUUCUAUUUUCUGAGCUUGUUCAAGGCAUUCCGCCGAUAUUUCCUCACUUCAUUUCAAACAUUCCAUCCAUCCAUUCAGUUCUAGUGUUUGUCUCAAUAAAGCACAUCCCAGUCUGUACAGUGUUAAUGGAGGAACGUUUUCUAUUCCGUCAGGUUGGGCCCCGAGAGUACAGGAUGUUCCGCUGUGUUGUUAGGUAUGGCUACAAGGAUAGCUUUGAUAAAGCAGAGGAGUUUGAGCGACAGCUAGUCCAACACAUGAAAGAAUUUGUAAUUCAUGAAAACUUCAUGAACAAAGAGGAAUUAGUAGAACAGAACAAUCCACACCCAACACAUCAGCUCCCGUCGGCAUCAAUUCCUCCAGUGAUGCAUCCUCAAUCAACAAAUUCUUCAGGCCAAAUUGUCAGUGGACCAAUCCUUGGAGCACAAGAUGAGACACAAUUCAUCGACAAAGCAAUGGAGAAAGGAGUAGUGUAUCUCUUUGGUGAACCAGAAGUCGUAGCAAAACCGAAAUCCUCUCUCUUCAAAAUGAUGAUAGUCAAUUAUGCCUAUAACUUCUUGAGGAAGAACUUUAGGCAAGGACAGGACAUAAUGUCCAUUCCACCAACAAAGGUUCUCAAAGUUGGAAUGAUAUAUGAAAUUUGA